AUGGCAGCAGAAACGGCAGCAGCAGCAGAAGAGCCGGCUGAUGAACUGGAAGUUGAAGCUGAAGUUGAAGUUGAAGCUGAAGUUGAAGUUGAAGAUGAAGUUGAGGCCAGACACAACCACGACGACUACUACGACGAACCGUUUCAUGAUGAUCCUGAUCCUGAUGAUCAUUUAGUUCCCGGUUCACUUUCACACUCUCAUUACGGCACGUACACCUUUCAGCUGCCUGAAGAUAAUGAUCGUCCACUGACAGACAUCCUUUUCACCACUACUCAAUCACCACAAUCACCACAAUCACCCCCAUCACCACUAUCAUCGCCAGACAACAGAGUUCUUGUACUUAAAACGAAUAAAAUGCCUCAAACGCUGGUCGAAAAUAAAAGCCAGCAACCACAACCACAACCACAACCACAACCACAACCACAACCACAACCCCAACAACAACUUCUUGAACCACCGCUGCCAAAACCGGACAACUAUUCCUCCGUGGUAAAUGUUUCUUUCGAUUACUUUGACAAUGAAACCGAAGGUCAAGUUGAGCUUGAGGAUCAGUAUGGCGAGUACGAGGCGGAAAGAGAAUCUGAUGAGGAUACAGCUGAAGAUGGUGAUAACAGGGCUGAACAGGUGCCUGAAUUCGAGGAUGAAGUUGAGGAGGAAGAAGAAGAAGAGGAGGAGGAUGGCAGCGGUUUCAGCCAGCAAAAGCAGACCGAUGAUGUCAUGUGGCAGGCAGAAGAAGAAAACAACUUGAUUAAAAGUGAUGAUGGCUUUUUGAAUGACAGUAUCAGUGAAAGCGAUGAAAAAGAUCUUGAAAAAAGUGAAAAUGCAGAAGAUGAGAUGAUCCAGGUGCAGAAUUUGACAACUGGCAGUCAACUUUCCAGUUUUCAACCUCAAAAAGAAAAUUCAUCAGCUCCAGUAGAGCAAAUGAAAGAAGCAAUCACAAAUGGUAAGCUGUUUGAAAAUGAAAAUGAUGAAGAUGAUGAAAAGUAUGAGAAUGAAGAGGACUAUGAGAAUGAAGAUUAUGAUGAGAUCGAAAAUGGCAAUGAUGAUGAAGAUGAUGAUGAUGAAGAGUUAGAAUCAAGCUAUAAAAUGGCAAAUGAAACUGAAUAUGACUUUCUCAAUGACUUUGAUGCUUUCUCUGAACCUAUUCAGUUGUUUUUGAAUUUGUCAAAAAGCAUUCAACCUCUGGAUCAGCCUCUUCAACAGGUGCAAAACUUGUCAGUAGACAUAGAUAAGUUUUCAAAGCCUUUUCAACAGCAAUUAAACUUGACAGAAUUAAGUGAACCUGUUCAAUCAAACCAACUUCAACACAACAUUUCGGCAUUGAAAGAGACUUUUUCCAACAACUCCCAAACUCAACAUUUGAACUCGACUAAUGCUAAUGAGUUUCUAACGCCAACUUAUCAACAGAAUAGUACUGAACAGGUCAAUCUAACUGCUCUUUUAGACAAAAACACAACUCUUCAACAUCUCAAUCAAAACUCAUCACUACCUUUCAUUGAGCUCAGUGAGCCAAAACUGCUGCAAAAUUUAUCACUCAGUAAUGGUGAUAACUUAACUUCAACUACAACCGUUCCGCUUCAAAACCAAAGUUUAUCACCAGUUAUUGAGCCCACUUUUAACAUCACAACUACUCACACGCCUCAAAAUCAAACAAAUGAGGAAAUCACUUACUCAGUGGAAUCACCUUUACCUAUGCCACAAUUGCAAAAUGGGUCAACUGUUGACAUUUCACUUCCUGAUCAGGUUCAACAACAGCAACAUCAACUUCUACUAAACACCUCAACAGUGGUCACCGGUGAUCUCUGGAACACCACCUUAAAAUUAUCAAGUGGAAACUUGUCAAUUGCUGCUAACGAAUCUUUGCCACAAGCGAUUCAGAAAGCAAAACAGCAGCAAACACUCCUAAAUCUCACAACUGUUUCCAAUGAAAACCAAACAGAAAGUCCUGCUCAGCAAAUUCACAAGCAAAUCGCCUCAUCACUACUUUCUUCUUCUUCUGACAUUGACAGUAAGCAGCAGCAAGGACAGAUGGAAAAUGAAACUAUUGCUGCUGUUGUUGCUAACACCACAGUCACUAAACUGCCCUCAAUAUCGUCAGAAUCACAAAUUCAAAACUCAUCAGAGCUAUUCAUUAGCACCACUACCAGUACCACCAGUACGCCAUUACCUGCUGAACUGAUACAAAACUCAAACGGGCAAAACUUGACUGUAAACUCCGCAAAGGAAGAACAUCCACUGCUGCCAAUACUGCAAGAGCAGCAACAGCAGAAACCACUACCACCAGUUAGCCAAUCAGUAAAAAAUGCGGAAUUUGAAACUCCAAAGAAGAAACAGCAAAUUCAAUAUCUCCCAGCAAUAGUGGUCACCAGCAGCCCCAUGGUCAUAACUCUAAACCUAAAAACAGCAACAGUCAUGAAGUUGCUGUUCACAAUCACAGCUUUUCUGACCUGUCUGGUCCUUCACUUUGGCCUCUGCCGAGCUCUAGCUCUGGAGCUGGACCUAGAAAAUGACGUCCAACAGACUGAAAUCUCCGUGGACUACGAUGGUGAUUCGACGACGACGACGACCACCACUACCAUCACCAUUGACAUCAACUCGACGACCAGUGAUCAGUCCAUCUCAUCACAACCUUCAUUUUCAUCCUCUUCAUCCUCUUCUUCUUCGCCUAACGAGCUAGACUCUGAUGAUUACGAUUUUGAGGAUGAAAAGUCCUCUUCUUCUUCGUCUUCAUCAGCUGCCGACUACCUCCAAGCACUAAGUAGUGCCCUCAGGAAUCGUCUCAACAGCUCAACAACUUCUGUCGAACUUGACCUAGAGGAGGAACUGAAGGAUUUGGAGGACCUGGACUUAGACGACGUGAAGGACGAAGAGGAGAACGAUGUUCAAAAUUCAGAGCAAAAUGAUGAACAAAAGUUCGAACCGGAGGUAAUUGUGGUGGAUGCUGAAGCUGAUGCUGAUCAGGCCGUCCAGAAUUCAACCGGUUCAGUUGAGGCAUCAGCAGCAAACAGCAGCAACAACAUCAUCAUUAUCACGCAGGUCAACAACUCAUCUCAGCCAAUUGCCUUCAUCUCAAACAGCACUGACCAGACACUUCUUCAUCAGGCCACAGCAAACAGUGCUAAAGUUCAGAACAGCACCACCGCUGGCACUUUAUCAGCCACUGACAACAACAACAACAACAACGACACUUCCUCUUCAUCAAACAACACCGACAAACUGCCCACUGAGCACACUGGUAAUUCAGAAGCUCCACCGGUCCAGCAGCAACCGAUUGAGAAUCAAAGCAGCAACAGCAACAACGAAAACAACAACAGCCCUCUCUACGGCGGUCUUCCCAAGGAGACAUUUGAGUGGCUGGAAAAGUACGCCCGUCCUGGAUCGGCAGGCGCCAGGAUUGAGAGCUAUCAGGAGUUCCAGAAAGCCUUCUACGAGAAGGUGGGCAUGGCUGAUGAUAGGAAGGAUGAGGUUGAAGGCGAGGAUGAAUCUGAUAG